AUGACUGACUUGAAUGGUGUUAAAGGCAUUUACGGCGCCAAGCGUUCAAUUGUUAAGCAUAUUUAUAACGAAUAUCUCCCACCUGCCGAAGAGGUCCAAGAAACCGCUGUCGAAGAAGUUUCUGAACCCGCUGCUGAAGCAAAGACUGAAUUAGCUGAUGAUGGUUACCGUUACAAAGUCUUUCGUCGCCUGAAAUAUCGCAAGCGUCGCGAUGUCGAUGAGCUCCCACAGAAUGAAUAUCUUCCACCUGCCGGAGAGGCCCAAGAAACCGCUGUCGAAGAAGUCGCAGAACCUGCUGCUGAGGAACAAACUGAGUUAGCUGAUGAUGGUUACCGUUACAAAGUCGUCCGUCGCUUGAAAUACCGCAAGCGUCGCGAUGUUGAUGAGCUGCCACAGAACGAAUAUCUCCCACCUGCCGAAGAGGCCCAAGAAACCGCUGUCGAAGAAGUUUCUGAACCCGCUGCUGAAGUAAAGACUGAAUUGGCUGAUGAUGGCUACCGUUACAAAGUUGUCCGUCGCCUGAAAUACCGCAAGCGCCGUGAUGUUGAUGAGCUGCCACAGAAUGAAUAUCUUCCACCUGCAGAGCAAGUUCAGGAAACAGCUGUUGCUGAGGUCUCUGAACCAGCGCCAGAAGAUGCUACCGUUUUGGCUAAUGACGGUUACCGUUACAAAGUAGUACGUCGCUUAAAAUAUCGUCAUCGGCGUGAUGUCAGUGAACUGGCGCCGACUAAUGAGUAUUUACCACCAACAGAGGAAGUACAAGUGGUGGCGGAGCAACAACCGGAGGAAGAAACAGCUGUGCUCGCUAAUGAUGGUUAUCGAUACAAAGCUGUGCGCAGGUUGAAGUAUCGUCGUCAUUAG